CAACGCAGUUGGCCCGUGCUAGAAACAGAUCAAAGCAAAUGGCAAAACAUAUGGCCCAUUAGGGCACUUCCAAUCGCAUCGUCUCCUCAACCCGACCUAUGCCCAACGACCCGACCAUGUUGGAAUAUUCUCCAGAUUGCUACUGCUGCCGUAUCGACACAUGGCUAAGCGAUUGCGCAGCGGCAGAGAGCGAAUGCGCAGACGAUGCCGCUCUCGACCAUGAGCAAAAAAGCCGCGCCAUCAUGCCAGUGACACCGCCGCUCUCAUCCACCAGGCGCUCGAUAUCGCCUUCUAAGAGACGACGUAUCGAAGUAGACGACAACGCCGACGAAGACCACACACUGCCACCCGAUAGCGACCCGACACCUCGCCCCGGCCGGUCUAUGUCCGAGCAGCGCCCCUUCGUUAUCUUGCCGCCACCACCAGACCAGCGCUCCAUCCCCGGCAGCCACAGCCAUGACCAAAGCCGCGGCGCGAGAACGAAAUCGACCGGCUCGGGGUUCUCUCCCCACAAACAACGCUCGACGAGCCCCGUGAAAAAGCCACAAGAUAUGCGAGCCCUGUCCAAGCCUAUCGAAAUGAGAGCAUUGUCGAAUCCCAAACACCAACUUUCCCCCGAUAUGGCCAAUUUGUAUCGCCGCAUACAAGACAUUGUCGAGUUUCAGAAUGCGUUCGUUCCCGCCGAGGCUCAAGAGGCCAUAACUGGGGCCCUGCAAGAAACCGGAGAUUGGGCAACGUCAUGGCCAGGAAAUUGGUUUUUUUCCAGCCCAGAAGGGACGACAGAUUCGGGUUCCCAAGAUAGGAGGGCAGCGGCCGAGGCAGAGUUGGCGGCGCUGUUAAAAUUGAAAGCCACGGCGGACGAGUGCCUGGACGAAAGCGUUUCCGAAGCAGCGUGGAAUAUGGAUGUCCACUCCCCCAUACUUCAGCUGGCGACAGCUGGGUCCGGGGUACGGCGCCUCGUCAUUACCACAGCCCGUAUCGCCCCCGCAUGGCUCGCCACCGUCGGCCCGGCCUCGUCAGUGCCUGGGACAGCAUCUACGCCCUCCAUCUCAUCCUCUACCGCGUCUUCGGUGGGUCGACCGCAUCUCGCCACCGAAGGCGCAGGCGCAAAUGCGGCCGUUGCAGCUGGCAAGAUGGUGGACUUCGCUUUGGUGCUAUCCGAAUCCGAGGGGACGCCGCUGGGGUCUGCCAUACUGAACGCUGUCAGGGCGGCGGCGCCGGACGAGCGGUCGGUCAACCAAAGCACGUACAUGCCUCUAACUCUGCGACCUCUAGGUGUCAGCAUCGAAACCAAGGCUUCGACGAAUCUUGCUGAGGGCCGCGUCCAGCUGGGGCUAUGGGCAGCCGCCUGGUUCGCUCGGAUGCAGGCGUUGAUAUCCGUAAUGCCGGCGGCGAAAGGCAUACCUACCGCCAUGCCCGUCAUCCUAGUGUUUGAGCACCGCUGGGCGUUGUCGUUUGUUUGUGACCGUGGAGUAAAGUUCGAGUUUAUUGGCGAGGUAUUGAUUGGGGAUACGCGCUCGUUGGUGGGCCUGUACAAGUUGUUGGCAGUGCUACGGGUGCUGGUCCAGUGGAUGGAUACCGACUUGAGGGCCUUUUUUGAGGAUCUGUUUGAUGUGUAAUGAGCAGGCGAGCUCCGUUUGCCGCUCACAGCUGGGCCAAGUCCCAAAAGAACUCGGCCUGGUCAGACGUCUGGACUGCGAGUCCAAGCUGCAGGUCAGACUUCUUCGGUGUGUGUGCCGAGCAAGCCCCUCGAUCUCUUCGGCUAUCAUGCGCUCCAUCUCGGGCGCAAAUGGGCAUGAAAGAAUGCGAUGGCGACAUUUUGGUCUCCCGCAAGAUAGCAAGCCUCCCGAUUCGACCCGUUUGGUGGGUGCGGCGGACAGCUGGGCCCUCUGGCCAUUGCCGAACGGACAGGCCUCUAGCCAGCACGGCCGAACGUUCUGGUUGGGCGGUUACACCCAGGGACAUUGAUAAUGCAUGACAUUGAAUGACACCGAGCUGUGUGAUGUUCUUUAUGAG